AUGGCUGCCCAAUGGCCGCCGCGGUCGCCCCACGAUGUCCUGCUUAGCACUCCGGGCGGGCGAGAGAAGCUACGGCGAAUCGCAGAGCGCACAUCGCCUUCGCCCUCUCCAUCGCGACUAAGAACAUCUCGAUCGGCUGCAGCGUUGGCUUCAAGAGCGGGGGCGGGACGAGGCGGGGGAGAUGAUGAUCCGUUCGAGGGCGAUCGCAUGGACCUGGACGAAGAAGAGGACGAGGAAAUGCUGGAGCUCAAACUUCAGGCAAUUCAGGCCCGGUUGAAACUCAAGAAACUACAGGCCGCGAAGGCGUUAAAAAGGACAACGUCAACACAGGGGCUGGGGGCUGGGGAUGGUGGGGGUAUGAGGGAGGUCCCGUUGCAAUCCAAGCUUGCGGCGGUACGAGACAGGUUGGAUAAGCAGGCUUCCCGAGAUGUCGUGCAGGUUCCGGCUUCGCCAGUCAGGAAGCUGUCUAUCUCAGACCUACAACAAACCUCGCCACAAAGGGUGCUUUUAGGGAUCGACAAAGGAUUAAGGGGGGCUGAUGUGUCUCUUAAGAGAGCUCCGAGUCGGGGAGUAGGGACGGACUCACGGCUGGGAUUUCUACGGCGCGCAAAAUCUCCAACCAACGACCAACCUGGGCAAGAGAUAGCCCGGCCCUUGAGCUUCAACGAACGACUCGCGUCGGCAAGGACCGAUGAGACUGCUCGCCAAGAGAGGAGAGAACGGGCGCAAAAGGCGCGGAGUACUGCUUUCACCGUAGGGCAGCAAGAGAUGGAGGAGUAUAAAACAAAAGCACUGGAUCUUCCCGACCUCCCGUCAAAACCACAGGAGUUCUCGAGAGAACAGAUUCUUUCCUCUAUAGGGAAGCCAAUUGGCGGCCAAUUGCAGCGCAGCAACACUGCACCAACUGUUCGAUCUGGGACCCCCUCAGAUCCCUUCUCAACUACAGCCACCACAAAUGGGGCAUCAGAGGGAGCUAUUGAGCCCUACUCAGGACUGCAUCUCUCGAAGCGGAUACUACCGCAUAACGUGUUGGCCCGCGCCGUUUCGGGGAAAAAGUCAUACCUUCUAAAAGACCUGCUCCGCCAAGUCAAGGCGCCAGAUUGGUCCCUCCCAGACGACGAGAUUGACAUUGUCGUCUUCGCCAUCGUCGCCAGCAAGUCUGAGCCACGAAGCCACCGCCCGGGACCUGGGAACGAUGGGAAGUCACAACAAGACCGUGGCAAGUACAUGGUGCUCACGCUCGUCGACUUACAAUACGAAGUUGAGCUGUUCCUCUUCAACUCGGGCUUCCAGCGCUUUUGGAAGUUAACCCCCGGCACUGUCGUGGCUAUUUUGAACCCGGGGAUCUUGCCUCCGCCGUCGGGGCGCGAGGCGACGGGCAAAUUUGGGCUUGUGAUUAACUCGGACGAAGACAUAAUCCUCGAGAUCGGCAACGCUCGCGAUGUCGGCUAUUGCAAGAGCAUCAAAAAAGACGGGUCCCCUUGCCAGCACUGGGUUAACGCGCGCCGCACUGAGUACUGCGAGUUCCAUACGAACGAGGCCGUCCGCAAAGCUCGUAGCUCGCGUAUCGAGCUGAGCACAACCGCCGGUUUCGGUGGCGGCGACGGAGCACGGGGGAGGAACAACUCCCGGCAAGGCUUCGCAAAAAGUGAGGAAGAGCGCCAGCGUGGCCAUUACCACCGCGCAACACAAAGCCAGUACUUUAUCAGCACCGCAUACCGUUCCACCGACCCCGAUGACGAGCAAAUAAACGGCAUUGCCGACCGCAGAGAGCGCGAGGAAGGGAUAAAGCGGCGCCUCGCCGCAAAAGAAAAUAGAACGCGAAAUGGCCCGCCGUCUCGAUGGACGCGCGCGGCCCGGGGUCUAGUCGGCCGGCGCGGCGCAGACCAGCCCAAGGUCAGCCUCGGCCCGGCGCCCGCCACCAAGCGCAAGCGGCCCGAGUCGUCGGGCUCGUCCACCGUCUGCGGCGGCAGCUUCCAGGCCGGUUCCCAGGGGACGAGUACCACGAACAACAACACCAACAGCAGGAAAACGCCCCUCGGCUGGGGCUCGACGCUCCACCACAAACUCGGCAGGAUGAAGGAAGGGGAACGGCUCGACGGGCGAAAGGCACCCGCCCUCGCACCCCCGCCGGCGCUGGCGCCCGCCCCGGAUACCAACAACAACAACAAUCCGCCAAUCCUGAGCAGCUCGUUCAGCGGCGGUGGCGGCGGUGGUGGUGCUGCGGCGCGGAGGGGGGACAAGUCGCCGGUGCGGAAAAAGACGCGGUUCGUGACCGAGAAGGGCAUACGCGAGGCGGGCCGGGAGAGUCUGGGGGAGCCGCUGUCGGCGGCGCUCAAGACGCGGCGGCAGGUCGUGUUGGAUGAUGAUGAUGAGGAUGAUUUGAUUAUUGUGAAGUGA